AACACAACUCUGACAGAAUGCUCUUUUUCACCAUUUUUGCUCUUGUAGCAGUUUCUGCUGCAACGGAUGUCCUGCCUCUGUACUCGUACUCCCCGUCAGUGGGAUCAGGAAGUGGCAGCUCGUACACCCUCACUGGGGAGGGACGGAUCACAGCCGUCCGAGUCUGGGAAUACUACCGAGGUCACAUCUACGGGAUCCAGUUCCGCUACGGCUAUACCUGGUCCAACAUCGCCGGCUACACAUAUGGAGCCCCUCAACAGAUGGAGCUGUACGACGGUGAAGCCAUCGUCCAGAUUUCUGGAAAAUACUCUCACUACCUGCAGACCAUCAUCUUCGUCACAAACCGAGGUCGCUCCCUGUACGCCGGGCAGCCGUCCGGCACUUCCUUCAACAUGUACCCCGAACACCAGGAGUCGGAGCUGGUCUUCAUCAGCGGACGCUAUCACGGAGGCAUCUCCUCCAUGGGCGCCCAUUGGGCCGUGGUCGACCCGUCCUUGAACAGCUCUGGUGUCCACUAAGUGACCACUUGAAAUGUUUCCUAUAAUCUAUUUGUUUUUAGAAUCCUGAAAGAACUAAUCUUGAAAACGACUUUAAUUUAAAAUAUUUCUCCUCUUAUUGUAAUAAUAAUAAUAAUAAUCAAUUUUAUUUAUGUAGCGCUUUUAAAAGACACUCAAAGACGCUUACAAAACAAAUUACAUUAAAAAACAGCAUUCAAUGAAAAAUGAAAAUACUAAGUUUGUACAUGCUUUUGUUCUGCUAAUAUUGCCUUAUUUUAAUGUGAUUAAGUUGUUUUUUAUUUAAAAUAAAUGUGUAUUUCUUUAAGAUUUUGCUAAUGCUCUUUUAAGUGAUUCUUAAUUAAUUAAAUAAUUUAAUAUUGUUUGCCACGAGUGUUUUAUUUUUCCUUGAAAGUCUGAGAGUCAGCAAUAACCAAACAAAUCACUUUUUGAUUUUAGUAAAUAAUGUUUAUUUUGUCCAGAUGUGAAGAAAAAAAUAAAACAUUUUGAAAAAAAAAACAUUGCAGAGCAAUUGUCAAGCACGGUAGUGGAAGUGUGAUGGUUUGUUCUUCCUUUGCAGCUACUGAGCUGACCAUGAAAUCUCUUUUCGUGUCAGAAUUGAAUGAAAAGUUUUAUAAUUCAUCUUAACCCUAGAACACUUUUCAC